GUUAUUAAAAGCUGAAAUUGUUAAGGAAACUAUUUAAUAAUAGUUACAAUCGAUAUGAAUUUAAAUAAUAAUUUAAUCUGCAAAAUUCUCCCUAUAAAGAAGCUGUUUGGUAGUAGUAACAUACAUCGCCCGCACUUUAUAUCUUGUACUACAUAUAUCAACAUUUAUAAUAACAAAAAUGGCUAAUAGGACGGAUCCUAUGGCCAAUAUGGUACAUGGUACCAAUCCACAGUACCUCUUUAGCAAAAUUAUGCGCGAUAAAGUGUACAAUAGUAUCUAUUGGAAAGAAAGUUGUUUCGGGCUCACAUCAGAGUCAAUUAUCGAUAAAGCAAUCGAAAUAGAGUAUAUAGGAGGAACUUUUGGGGGAAAUCGGCAACCGUCGCCAUUUAUAUGUUUGGUACUCAAACUUCUGCAGAUACAGCCAGAGCUAGAUAUUGUAGAAGAGUAUAUAAAGAAUGAAGAUUACAAAUACCUUCGUGCUUUGGGUGUUUAUUACCUGCGCCUAGUUGGAGAUCCAGUGCGUGUGUAUAAAACACUGGAACCACUACUCUCAGAUUAUCGCAGAUUACGCUUCAGGGGUCCUGAUGGAAGCUAUACAAUAAAGCAUAUGGAUGAAUUCGUAGACGAUUGUUUACGAUCAUCAACCUAUCUUGAUGUGGAUUUGCCACCACUUGCUAAGCGUAUAAAUUUGGAAAAUAGCAAUCGUAUAGACGGACCUCGCAUAUCACCACUAGACCACCUACUAAUGCAAAAAUAA